AAAAUUUUCACGUAAAUUAUCUAGGGUUUCUCUCUCAUAAAAUACCCACCAAAGAAAAUCAGAGUACUACGAAGCCAAAAGAGGAGAGGUUUUUAAAGAAGAAAGGAAUUGUGUGUAAAGGAUGGCAGGGAAAGAAGAGAACCGAAUAUUUGUCGGAGGAUUAUCAUGGGAUGUCACCGAACGACAGCUUGAGCAUGCGUUUAGUCAAUUCGGGAAAAUUCUUGAAUCUCAGAUCAUGGUGGAGAGAGAUACAGGGCGAUCUCGUGGAUUUGGAUUUAUUACAUUCUCAGAUCGCCGGUCCAUGGAUGAAGCUAUCAGGGAGAUGCAUGGGCGAGAGUUGGGGGAGCGCACCAUCUCGGUGAACAAGGCUCAACCCAAGAUGGGUGAUGAUCUUGAUCAUGGCUAUAGAGGUGGUUACCCAUCGAGUGGCAGGGGUCGCUAUGCAGGUGGAGACAGGCCUGUUGCGCAAGAUGAAUGCUUCAAGUGUGGGCGCUUUGGGCACUGGGCUCGUGAUUGCCCUUCAGCUUGUGGUGGCCGAGGUGGGAGUGGCGGCAUGUUCCCUUCACGUUCAAGAUAUGGUGGAGCAGAUGACCGUGGUGAUCGUUUCAGAGACCGUGAUCGUUACAUUGAUGACCGAUAUGAUGGUGGACGCUUUGGAGAUAGGGACCGUUUUGACAGCAGAGAUGACAGAUUUGGAAACCGAGAUCGUUUCAUUAGCGACAGGUAUCUGCCUAGUGGAGAUCGAUUUGCUGAUCGCGAUGGUGGUUCGGACCGUUUCCCUCAAAAUGGUUAUGGCAAAGGGAGGGGGUUUCGGGAUGUUGCUCCAGGAGGUAGCGAUAGGUAUGGAAGCGGAGGGCCUGCACGGAAUGAUGCAAGAGGCUACCGUAACAGGGCUGGCCCUUAUGAUCGUCUAGGCAUGGGAGGCCGCCUGUCUUCUUUUGACCGCUAUUAAGCGAUGUCGUUAUGAUAUGUCAAGUUUUAGGUGAGAGCAUUGUGUAUGCAUAGGUACUUGGUGUUUUUUUAUACAAUCAAUUGAAUCACGUAGGGUGCUGGAAUUUCUAUGAAUGGUAGGAUUUGACAAAGUUUAAUUAAAUUAGAGAAUCCGUUCCUUUUGUGAACUUAUUUCUUACU